GCAAUAAACAGCUGGUUGCGACGCGAAUAUGGCCAGCAAUGGCGGGCUAGAUGAAGCCUUCGAGAAGCUAUCCGCGUCCACCGCUGGUCUUGACGUUAACAUUGAUGACGUUCUCGACCAGUUUAAGCCGCGCAAACGCAUCCGCAAGUCGCCCGAGGAUGUGAAGGCGAAGCUUGAGACCAAUUUCCUGACACCCUCGACAUCGUUCAGUCCACAGUGGCUAGAUCGACUUCAGCAACGAUGGGAGGUCAAUACGAAUUACAAUGAGCUUUUCUCGCUAGCUCCGACGCAAACACGGACUAUUAUUCGCUUCACACGGGAAGGCCUGGAAGGGCGCGUUACUGGCUACAGAGAAGUCACUGUACCCGCCAACAGCGCAACUGCGAAGAACUCAACAUCUUUGCUGAGAAAGCCGGCUAACCGUGCGGACUUUGUCAGAGGUGCCGCAGGCUUCUACCCAUUCGCACCUGGCGGACUAGAUGCAGUAGAGGCAACCGCUGCGUACGAAGAUGAACUUCUUGAGCAGGGCCGGAACGCAGCAGGUGGCGCUAAGGUCAACAAGCUUGACAGAGUCAUUGACUUCGCCGCUGAAGGCGGCCUGCUUGAAGUGCCACCUGGCUUUAGCCGCGGACUCCGUGCCCCGGAGAAGUCCGUUCAAGAUCAAGAAGCUGCCCAAGAGGUAGAAGACGUGCUGCAGCAGUCGUCAGACCAGCCUCAAGCGCUCGCGAACGGCAUUGAAAAUGAUCUCACGAACGGCGAGAAUCACGAAGGGGACGAGCUGGAAGCUGAGGAGGAAGUUGAUGCCUUACUACCUAUUGAGUUCCCUGCCCUUGCACCACACGGUCCGCUGGCCAUCGCGCGUAACAAGCAUGGAGGCCGCGAGUGGGCCCACAUGGUGGACAUUAACCGAGAUAUCUCCAACUUCAAGGAGCUCGUACCGGAGAUGGCGAGAACUUGGCCUUUCGAGCUUGACACAUUCCAGAAGGAAGCUGUCUACCACCUUGAGAACGGCGAUUCAGUCUUCGUCGCCGCUCAUACGUCGGCUGGAAAGACUGUGGUCGCCGAGUAUGCCAUCGCAUUAGCCGCAAAGCAUAUGACGAAGGCCAUUUACACCUCGCCCAUCAAAGCGCUCAGCAAUCAAAAGUUCCGGGACUUUCGGACCACAUUUGACGACGUUGGCAUCUUGACCGGAGACGUGCAGAUACGGCCAGAAGCGAGUUGUCUCAUUAUGACGACGGAGAUUCUCCGAAGCAUGCUCUACCGUGGAGCGGACCUCAUCCGUGAUGUGGAGUUUGUCAUCUUCGAUGAGGUGCACUAUGUAAACGAUCUCGAGCGUGGUGUAGUGUGGGAAGAGGUCAUCAUCAUGCUCCCGGAGCACGUCACCUUGAUCUGCCUCUCUGCAACGGUGCCGAACACGUACGAAUUCGCCUCCUGGGUCGGACGGACAAAAAAGAAGGACAUUUACGUCAUCUCCACGCCUAAGCGUCCGGUGCCCCUUGAGCAUUACCUUUGGGCUGAUAAAAAGAUGUUCAAGAUCGUCGAUGCGAACAAGAACUUCAUUGAGAAGGGCUGGAAGGACGCUAACGAUGCCAUGACUGGCAGAGACAAAGUUCUAGCCGCCGAGCAGAAAGCGAAGGAGAAGGAGGACGCAGCAGUUGCAGCAGGCCGAGGAGGACGCGGCGGUCGUGGUCAAGGUGGAAGGGGCCAGCAGCAACGCGGUGGGCCCAACCAGCGCGGCGGCCCACAGCAGCGAGGGCGUGGUCAAGUUGCAAACCGCGGUCAAGGUAACAUUGCUCGUACUGGCAGAGGCGGCGGUAGAACGACAGCGGCGCAGGACCGCAACAUCUGGGUGCACCUAGUGCAACAUCUAAGGAAAGAGGAGCUCCUACCGUGCUGUAUCUUCAUCUUUUCCAAGAAGCGCUGCGAAGAGAGUGCUGAUGCAUUGGCCAAUCUGGACUUCUGCACCGCAAGCGAGAGGAGCGCAAUCCACAUGAUACUGGAGAAGUCACUAGCCCGCCUCAAGCCCGACGAUAGACAGCUCCCUCAAAUACGGCGCAUCCGCGAAUUGCUCAGCAGAGGUAUUGCUGUCCACCAUGGUGGCCUUCUGCCAAUCGUUAAAGAGUGCGUCGAGAUACUGUUUGCGAAGACACUGGUUAAGGUGCUGUUCGCCACUGAGACGUUCGCCAUGGGCCUGAAUUUGCCCACACGAACAGUAGUCUUUUCUGGCUUCCGCAAGUACGAUAAUAAAGCGUUCCGCGACCUACUGCCAGGUGAGUAUACUCAAAUGGCUGGACGUGCGGGUCGCAGAGGUCUGGACACGGUCGGCUAUGUUAUCCUGGUUAGCCCUGGCGCAGACGAAGCGCCACCUGCUGCUCGCUUGAGGCAAAUGAUGCUCGGUGAUCCAACGAAACUCCGAUCGCAAUUCCGUCUGACGUACAAUAUGAUACUCAAUCUGCUGCGGGUCGAAGCACUGAAGAUCGAGGAGAUGAUAAAGCGGUCUUUCUCUGAGAACGCUACACAAGCGCUGUUGCCCGAGCAUGAGAAGCAGAUUAAGCUCUCCGAAGCCGACCUUGCAAAAGUCAAGCGCGAACCUUGUGAUACUUGUGACAAGGAUAUUGAACGCUGUCACGAAGCCGGUAUAGAAUAUGACAUGCUUACAAAGCAGCUACACCUUGCCAUGCUUGCCACUCCGGUCGGUCGGCGCAUGUUCCAGCCCAAGCGGCUGAUCGUCUUCAAAGGCGAGAACGACAUUCGGACCGCCGGUGUUUUACUCCGCGAAGGCGCGAAAGGUGGCCCAGCUGCAAAUCUACUCGUCAUGGAGGUCUGCCAUCGUACUAAGCGUUCCCGGCAGAAUGCAGACUUCCUACCUUACCUUCCACGUUUCCGCAGGCGCUUCAUUCCUCUCCCGCAGACGGAGAAAGAUUUGCAUUUGCGAAUCACUAUGAUUCGCUUGGAAGACAUCGAGGCGCUUACGGGCAGUCAUCUGCAGUGCGACGUGAAUGCUCUCCUCGGAAAGGAUACAAAUGCUAUGGUUAGCGCAAAAGCCGAGCUUCUGGCCUCUUACUCAUCCUGGACCUCUUCAACUUGGAAUGAGCUGGACUACUACAAGUGGCUUAAGGAGAUGUCAAUCCGCCAGCUUUUGGAUCAACGCACUGAAGCCGCCAAUAUAGCCCAAGGGCGCGACUGCAUCCACUGCCCCGACUUUCCCAAGCACUACGCCAUGGCUCACGAUGUCUGGGUCAUUAAGGACCAGAUCGACUCUAUCCGGCAACUAAUGUCCGACCAGAAUCUGCAACUUCUACCCGACUACCAGCAACGCAUUAGCGUACUGAAAGACCUUGGUUUCAUCGACGAAAACUCCCGGGUUGAGCUGAAGGGCAAAGUUGCGUGCGAGAUACACUCUGCGGACGAGCUUGUACUCACUGAGCUAGUACUGGAGAAUGUUCUUGCAGAGUUCGAGCCGGAAGAGAUCGUUGCGCUGUUAUCCUCGUUUGUCUUCCAGGAGAAGACGGAGUCAACGCCUAACAUGACGCCGGCGCUUGAACGUGGUCAAGAGACCAUCGUCAAGAUCUCGGAGAAGGUCAAUCAUUACCAGACACUCCACCAAGUUAUACUCUCGGCUGAUGACUCCAACGACUUCGUGAGUCGACCACGCUUCGGUCUGGUAGAGGUGGUGUACGAAUGGGCUCGCGGCAUGCCGUUCAGCCGCAUCACGGACCUGACAGACGUACUGGAGGGCACAAUUGUACGGGUUAUUACACGGUUGGAUGAGACGUGUCGGGAAGUGAAGAACGCUGCGAGGAUUAUUGGCGACCCUACGUUGUUCACGAAGAUGCAGACAUGUCAGGAGCUCAUCAAGCGAGACAUCUGCGCUACAGCCUCGCUUUAUAUGUAGGCGAAAGGAUCGCAGAAACUGUAACAAACAUAGCAACAAGUGACAAUGAAGUACACCAACACAGUGGGUUGGUGAGUCCAGAAAACCAGGUCACAGCUCAACUCCACC